GUAUUGGUCUGUUCUGUGGCAAGUGACAACAGCUAUCAAACUGUGAACGUUUAUGCGUUUAAAUAUUGCGAACAUACAAAUAAUAAAUAAGUAAAACAAGUUAUAACAGUUAGUCAUUAAUUACCUAUUAUUCAUUAUCAAUAAUGGAUUGCGAAAUCGUAAAAGGCAAGCCUCUUACAAAAGAGGAAUCCAAGUUUUUGCUUGACUUAAUAGAAGGGAGUAAAAUCAUAACAACGAAAACAACGAACGCCACCAAUAACAAAAUAAAAAACGAGGAAUGGGUUAGAUUGACCGAGCGGUUCAAUGCCCAGGCUACGAAUUGUCCCAGGACACCUCAGCAGCUGCGUUUGAAAUGGGAAAAUUUAAAAAAGAAUUCUCGCAAACGCAGCACUAAAAUAAGGAUGAACCAAAUUAAGACUGGUGGUGGUCCUGCUGAUUAUAUACCCCCAGAUGACAUACUGGACCGAGUUUCUGGUUUACUAGGAAGUACUGCCAGUGGAUUUACUGUGCCAUUUGGGGGUGAUAAGGAAACAGUAGGUGUUGAUAUUGGUGGCAUGAGUGGAGAUGGUGGAACUAGUGGUGACGGUAUUGGUGAUGGCUUUGCUAGGGUUUCUGAUGAUAUAAGUAAGGCUGCAGAUUUGAUGCCUACAUCAAGUAACCAUGACAUUGAAAUUGUUAUAUGCAGCGGUGAGGGUGAUGGUGUCAUACAAAAUCAGGUUUCGGAGAGUGUUGAUCAAAAUGUUUUAACACCAAAUAAGCCAAAGAGAUUUACUCUUAAUACACCGAGGACAGGUAACUUUUGUUUUUCAAACCCUAUUCUUAAUGCAUUCAUUAUAGAGCUCAAGGAAUAUCCUCCAAAUAAAUCUUGAAUCCUCAUGUGUCCUAGGUCCAUCAUUAUAGUCAGUGUGUUGUCUAUCAAUCAGUCACACCAGACAAAACCUAUUACAUAUUUUGUAAAAACAUUUCUAAAAUAGUUUUAUACAAUAAUACAAUUUCAAUAGAAUAUCAAUCUAGUAAAUUUAUCAGUAUUUUUAUAUUUAAUUUAUUAAUAAUUUUGU